AUGGAGCUAACCGACCCUUCUAUCGUAUCUGCUGUUAUCUCUGAUGAUAUUGAUGAACAAAAAAAUAAUAGCAAUGCAAAGAAAAAUUUGAGAAAAGAGAAAGAACCUCCUAUUAAUGAUAAAAACAAUACAAUUGCUAAAUUAUUCAAAAAGAUCAAAGACACUGAAUCCAUUAAGGAUUAUAAACCAAUCAAUUCCUCCAAAAAAUAUAUCUACACAAUCAAUGAAUUAUUAGCUCUAUCCAAGGAUUUACCUGCCAAUAAAAUUAACGAAAUUAACGAUUUAUUACCGAAAAAGAAGUUUUGGAGAUUACAUCAAAGAUAUCCUGAUCAUUCCAAGAAUAAUAAUAAUAAUAAUAAUAACAGUAAUAGCCUUGGCGCUCUUAUUGCCAAAAAUAUUAACCUUGAUUCGUCUAACAAUUCUAAAUUCAAUAAUAAUAGCAAUAUAAAUAAUAAUCGUUUUGAAAGAAGAAAUAGUAAAACUACUAAACAUUUGAAGUCAAUAAACCCUAAUGCUACUGCAAAUACAAAUGUAUCGGCUAAUCCCACAAGAAAAUCCAACAAAUUUCAUCAAAACAACAACAACAACAACAAUAAUAAUAAUAAUAAUGCUAGCAAGAAUGACGAGGUUACCAAAGAAUUACUAGCAUUAGAAAAGGAAUUAGAAUCGUCUGGUCCAGGUGGUAAUAGUCCUGUUGACUUCGAAGCCUGGAAGGCAAAAAUGAAAGAUCUUGAACGUCAAAAGAAAGGUCUACCCAGGGAGAAUACUAUUUUUGAACAAUCACAACAACAAAACGUGAAUACAACGACCGCUACCACUACAGGUAAUAAAAACUCAGUCUUCUUCACCUCCACUUCAAGUUCUAUUUCUGAAUUCUUAAAAUUAAAUACUAAAAAUGCUACUACCAAUGCAUCCAUUAAUGCUCCUAUAUUAAAUAAUGAUAAUGAUAAGAAUACAAUAGCUACUGCUGUCACGACCUCCGAAACAACCAUACUCGGUGAGUUACCGAAUGAAAACAAUCAUGAAAAUACCAUGAAAAACACCGAUACAAGUAAACAAUCAGAUAGUAUAUUAGAUAGAUUGAAUAAAGCAAACUCGAUUUCAAGUACAUCAAAUAUAUUAUCAAAAGAAAAAGAUAAUACCAGUAAUGGUAUACCAUUAGAUACAGGGAGAAGUUCAUCGUCAAGAUUUACAUCAUUUUUCACUUCACCAUCUUCGCCAUCUGUACAAACGACAAUAGAUGGCAAGCAAGACAAUCACAAUACUACGGACACCGCAAGCAAUGAAAUUCCCGUCAAGAAGGACAACAAGGAAAAUAUCCCAACGAACGCUAGUGGAUCGCGAUUAAUGUCGUUCUUUAAGAAUAAUUCACAUUCAGGAACCCCGAAACCUGAAACGCAACAAGCAAACUUAGUAAUGAAUCCUCCAAGAGCUUCAUCUACUUCAGGACAAUCCUCUUAUAAUGCAAAUAAUAUGGCAAACCAACAACAACAACAACAACAACAACAACAACAACCGCAACAGCUUCAUCCUCAACAACAAAUGCAAAUGCAAAUGCAAACAAAUAACAUGUUCUUCCAGGGUUUAUUAAACAAAAAUAAAUCGAAUGAAGUCCAUCCUACAGGUUCAAGUAAUGCAUCUACGCCACAGCAGCAACAUUUCCCACCACCUCCACCAGGUCUAAUACCCCAAUCAAUGGCAAACCAAAAUCCAACCCAAAAGAACACGAAUACUCAAAUGCCUCCUCCUCCUCCUGGAUUUCCAAUGGGGUUACCACCUCAUAUGAUGCCACCACCUCCAGGUAUGCAGAAUUUCCCAAUGCAACAACAACAACAUCAACAGCCGCAACUAGCACAAGGUGGUAAUAAGGAACCAAAUCAAAAGUCAGCAACAAAGGCAGGAAUGAAUAAGAAUGAAACACAACCACAACCACAGCAUCCACAACAGUUUGUUCCUAGAAUGGGUCCACCAGGUUUCAUGCCAAUGCCUAAUAUGCCACCAAACAUGAGAUUACCUCCAAAUGGUAUGAUGCCACCUCCAGGAUUCUAUCCAGGUGCUCCACAUCCUCAAGGGAAUCAACUUCCUUUCAAUCCUAAUUUCCCAAAUAGUUUCCCUCCACCGGGUCUACCACAACAACAGCAGUAG